GAUCGCUGACAGUCGCGGAUCCUGUGACACCUCCGGGCAGCUCGGCACUUGUUGCUCCCAGGACCUGUUGUCAUCCUUUAACCCGCCUCCCGCUUGCCCUCUGCCCCUCCUGGCUUCUCUUUAUGUGAUCACCUGGGACACUGAUCUCGCAGACACUGCAGCCUCAGCUCGAGAAAUAUUGUAGAUGGUUUGAAAAUAAUAAUAAUCAUAAUAAUUAAACACCACCCUGAAAAAAAGGCCCCGCUGGGUAGGAGCAGGAGCGUAGAGCGCUGGCCCGGGCGCCGCAGAGGUGGCGCCUCCCCGGCCCGGGACCGUCGCCCCGGGCGCCAACGGCAUGACGGACUCGGCGACAGCUAACGGGGACGACAGGGACCCCGAGAUCGAGCUCUUCGUGAAGGCUGGAAUUGAUGGCGAAAGCAUUGGCAACUGUCCUUUCUCUCAACGUCUCUUUAUGAUCCUUUGGCUGAAAGGAGUCGUGUUCAAUGUCACCACGGUGGAUCUGAAAAGAAAGCCAGCCGACUUGCACAACCUAGCCCCUGGCACCCAUCCACCCUUCCUGACCUUCAACGGGGAUGUGAAGACCGACGUCAAUAAGAUCGAGGAGUUCCUGGAGGAGACCUUGACCCCUGAAAAGUACCCCAAAUUGGCUGCAAAACACCGGGAAUCUAACACAGCAGGCAUCGACAUCUUCUCCAAAUUCUCGGCCUAUAUCAAAAACACCAAGCAGCAAAACAAUGCCGCCCUUGAGAGAGGUCUGACCAAGGCACUGAAGAAAUUGGAUGACUACCUGAACACCCCUCUGCCAGAGGAGAUUGACGCCAACACCUGUGGGGAUGAUGACAAGGGGUCCCAGCGCAAGUUCCUGGAUGGAGACGAGCUGACCCUGGCUGACUGCAAUCUGUUGCCCAAGCUUCAUGUGGUCAAGAUUGUGGCCAAGAAAUACCGCAACUAUGACCUUCCAGCUGAAAUGACAGGCCUACGGCGGUACCUCAAGAAUGCCUAUGCCCGGGAUGAAUUCACCAACACCUGUGCAGCUGACCAAGAGAUUGAGUUGGCCUAUGCCGAUGUCGCCAAGCGCCUCAGCCGAUCCUGAGCACAGCCAUCUUACCCAUCCCUGCUGCAGAAGGACUCUACUUCUCCCAAAGGACUCUGGCUUCACAGACUCCUCUUCCUCAUUGCCUUGGGAAACAUGUUUUCUUUUCUUCUUUUUGUUUUGAAAAUCAGGCCACAUCUUACUGGCAUCACCAGAACUGCAGCCUGCUCUCUUUUGCGAAGGUCAGCACCCUCCUCUGCAUCACCACAUAGGAAUCUGGCAAUGGAGAUAAUAGAAAUGGUCACCCUCUCAGCUUCUGGCCUGGUCUGGGCUCAGUGUCUUUGCGGGUCGGUGUUGGAGAACCCACAUAUGGGAUCAUCACUGGCCUCUUCUGCCAAUUGUAAAAAUACCUUCUCUGAUGCUUUAGAAACACACAGCACCAGCUCCUCUUCUACCUUCCUCUUUGUCAGUAACUGGAUGGCCAAGGACAAAUACCACCUUAGUUUCUAUUGGAAAGAGAUCCACUCCCUGUUAGGGGAGACAGAGAGAGUGAAUGGAGAAGGGCCGAGCUAGUUGUGAGUUUGGCAUCUGGCAAACUCACCUGUAGUCACUGGUUCCUUCUGAUACUCCUGUCGUGUGCAUGGAAGCCAAUUAGAAAGCCACUUCAGACACAUUCUCAGUGUGCUGCAGGGCUGGGAAUGUGUAUUGCUGUGGGGCACCUGGCUGGUGCUGACCUAGCUUGUCACGCUGUCAGGACCUUGCCAGGAAAGGAAAUUGGCAUGCAAUUCCAAACUGGGAUGCCUGGGGAGAGGAGGGGAGCAGAGCUGAUGCCAAAAGGCCCAUGUGGGUCUACUAGCCACAGAGUUUGCUUGUGUAGAAGUAGUUGUUUCCAUGGAGACUACAUGUCUGGAUUUGACUGUGCUUAUCGAUGAGUAGUUUUGGUCUAUGAGAAAGCAGGUGGGACUAGGAGGAGGAAAGGUGGGUGAAGUUAAAGGAGUUCUUUUGAGGUUUGCUGUUCCCUGGUAGCUUUAGACAGGUCUUCUCUAGUGAUCUAAAUCUUGGGCUGGUGAUGUCAUGUAACUACCAACCUUAUGGCAAAAAUCCCAAACUUGGCCAAAAAGUGUCUUCCCAGUCUCCAAGUUGCUCCUGGAUGGGGGUCUGCAGGGUAGACAAUUGGGCUGCAACCUCUGACAUGUGAGAGGUCCACUCUGGAGGUGGCGUGAUCAUGGAACACCUUUGCAAGAAUCUAUGAGCUUUCCUGACUGGCUGGAACUUGAGGAAAAAUCUGUAUCCACCUGGGUUCAUUUCCCUGACAUCAGACUCAACUGCCAGGUGGAAAAAAGGAAAUUCUUUUUUUUAGCUAAUAUUUCACUCCUUAAUCAUUCUCCUUGAGUUUCACCUCCUUAAAAGUUUCCCCAGCCUGAGCAUGGGGACCUGUGCAGAGGAAACGAAGAAAAAUGAACUAAUCAUCAACUCCCUCUCCUGGUGGACACCCUGUGAGAAAACCAGAAAACCCCUCCACACAGUCCGCACCUUCAACAAUCCUUCCUUCUAUGUUGUAUGUGGGGAGAGGGUGAGGCUCAGAGUGCCGGAAAGCCCCUGGACUUGGCUCAUUUCUCAGGGAGGGCAGGGCAUAGAAACAUCAACAAACUCUAACCAAAGCAAUCCCUGGCCCUACCUGCCUCCAGGGAGCUCUCAAGAAAAAAAGUAACCCAUUGAUCAAAACAGAGAAGGGGAAGCAGGAGGUCUCCUUCAGCCCACUGAGGAAGAGGAAAUUUCUCAGUAGGAUGUUUUAUAAGCCUGAAAGAACUUUGAAAAGGCAGAAUGAGCAGAUUUAUUUCCACCUCAAGAGGAACCUUUCCACAGUCUCUCUGGAAACUUUGCCUCUGGAGACAUUUAAAAAGGAGAACUGGGGAGGAAACAGUUUGUUGUUAUUGUUUUUGUUUGUUUUGUUUUGUUUUGUUUUGUUUUUCUGAAUUGAAGAGCCCACAACUGGCCUCCUGGGGGAUGAGAGCCCAAAUGAUCCCAAAGGCCUUUUAGUCCGUGUGAAAUCUUGUUGUGCCCAAGAAUCCUUCCCUGAACACACAGUGCAGGCAAGAUGACCCAAGAGGCAGGUUGCUUUCCUGAGACCCACAGAUGGGCUAUUCUGGAAGCACGUCUGUGAAGCACAGCUAGCCUCACAGCCCUGGGGAAAACAGAUCAAAGCCCCAAGUGCAGUGGCUACACCCUGGAGGGGCUGGCAGAAUGUGGCCAACUCUGAUUUGACAUUCAGAAUUCAGUGACUGGCUAGUCUUUAAACACAAACAGAAAAAAAAA